AUGGGUAUCGAUCUCGACCGCCACCACGUGCGCAGCACGCACCGCAAGGCUCCCAAGAGCGACAAUGUGUACCUCAAGCUUCUCGUGAAGCUGUACCGCUUCUUGACCCGUCGCACCGACUCCAACUUCAACAAGGUCAUCCUGCGCCGUCUCUUCAUGUCGCGCAUCAACCGCCCUCCCGUCUCCAUCUCCCGCAUUGUCGGCAACCUGGACAAGGAGGACAAGCGCACCGUCGUCAUCGUCGGAACCGUCACUGACGACAACCGUCUCCUGACCGUCCCCAAGCUGACCGUCGCUGCCCUGCGCUUCACCGCCACCGCCCGCGCUCGCAUCACCGCUGCCGGCGGCGAGGCCAUCACCCUCGACCAGCUCGCCCUCCGCGCCCCCACCGGUGGCAACACCCUCCUCCUUCGCGGACCCAAGAACUCCCGUGAGGCCGUCAAGCACUUCGGCAUGGGUCCCCACAAGCACAAGAAGCCCUACGUCGAGUCCAAGGGCCGCAAGUUCGAGAAGGCCCGUGGUCGCAGAAGGUCCCGCGGUUUCAAGGUCUAA